AUGUUAAACGCUUUGUGGUCACUUUUUAGUUCGAAUUCAUACGUUCAUUCCUCUGCAUCUUCGUCAAAUACAACGACAAAAGACGAAAACUCAAAUCAUUUAAAUGAGAAUCUAAACUCAACCCGAAACUUUUCAGAUCAAUUUGAUUAUUAUUACAAUAUUGAUGAUGAUUUAAUCUUCUACAAGAGACACGGAUGGUCUGAUUACUACAAUUCAAAAUUAGGGUUAAUAUUCAAAUAUCCUGCUUGGAAAUAUUCUCAUGUAGAGGUUUUGCCGUAUGGUGAUUCUUUGGCAUCGGUACAACUCAGAGCAGGAAAUUCAAUAACUGACUCAAAUCACUCUUCAUCAGAGUCGACCAUUCCGAACUCCAUGAUCACGACCAUGUUUAAUAUUGAGGAUAUUCAAAGUGUGAUUAAUUCAGUAAAUGUGACUAAAAACGAGAAACCUGUGAUAGAAAGGCCAUCUCAAAUACUGACAAGAACCAAUCCAUUAAAUGAAGAAGAGAAACAAUCACAAUUCAUUGACCCAUCGUCCUUUGGACCUCGAGAAUAUAUUCUAAAUUCUAUCAAAAAGUUGGAACAAAGUAAUUGUUCGUACAAGAUUUUCUUUCAAAGACCUGUGAAAGUCAACUCAAGAAAGGCUUAUGAAUGUAAAUUAGAGUUGGAAAUGAAUCCUGCUGUUUUUCAAAGACCAUCCAAUCCAAAAAUCAUUGAAAAAUCUGAAAGAGUCAAAGUAUUACUUUAUUGGAUUGUGUUGAAGUGUGAAGAUACAAACAAAUUUUUCAUUUUCCAACACAUGUUACAAGACCUUGAUGUGGAAAAUUUUGAUUUAGAAUUUGAAGAACAAAUAUCUCAUAUUGUGAGAAGUGUGAAAAUUGUGAAAUCUCAACAAACUGGCGCAUUUACUCUGUACAGAAACGACAAGGAAAUUUCACUUAAAUUAUUGGAUGAAAGUUGGCAAGGUUGGAAUAUUUCUGGAUUGGGACAUAAUUUUGCACAAACCAAGAAGAGUCAUAAGAAAAAUAUGUCACAAAGAGAAGAAGAAAAAAUAGUUCCUCUACAUUUGAAAGAUGAAAAUGUAUUGAUGUACCUCGUCUCAUCUCUUACUAAGGAAAAGAUUGGAAAGGAGAUUGCUUUCAUUCAAGUUGAAUCCCAAAAUCAACAACAACAAUACAACAGUGAAAUGAAAUUGUCUUUCGAAGAUUACAUUCAAAAAACAAGGCAAACUUUAAAAGAAAAAAGUAACACUGUGAUUGAAAUUAAGGAUAGAAUCAAGUGGAAGGACAGUGAGUGCUCUGAAGGAAUACUUUUUGCUUAUGUUUCCGAAAUGGACUCUUUUCCAGUCCAUCUUUCCAAGUUAAUACCCACUCCAGAGGAUUCACAAGAAAUUUAUAAUGUGAUCGAAUGUCACUUUAAAAGAGGAUCUAGUUGGUACAAGAUAUUCUCUCGAUCUCAUCAUUCUCUAUCAUUGUCUUCCUUUAGACAAUCCGUAAUGGAACAAAUCAAAAUGAUCACUUUUCAUGAUUCCAUGUCAUCCUCUCUAAAAGAACAAUCGGUCAUACAUGAAGAUAAUACUUUCUUAGAAUUUGAAAGCAUGGAACAUGAAUUCUCUCUUACUCUUCCUUUACUAUAUCAAAUUUCUGCGAGACAAUCUCUUGGAAACACACCUGUAUGCCAAUUCUUUUCUCGUUUCAGUAUGGACAGUGCACUCUGCAUGUUUGAAACACAAGUUUACUUUGAAAGACUAGGUCCAAAGCCCAAACAUGAAUCCUUGCUUUCCAAUGAGAAGGAAAAAUUGAAAAUUCUUAAACAAUCGUUACUUGAUCAAAUGAUUCGAAAUAUUGGAAAACCUGUUCCGCUUAUCUUGGAGAAGACUAUAAAAAUUGAAGCAGGAAUUGGAAAUGAGGCAAUCCAUGUUGCAUUUUCAACACCUAUGGGUUCACCGAUUCAUCAGAAGAAUCUUAUUCAUGUUCACACAAGUUUUUUAUUGGAAAAUCCAUCUCCACUCAUGACAUCUAAGCAAUCUCGAGAAUUAGUGGCAUCAAUCCAACCAACAGAGGAGGAAAACAUGUUACAUGUAGUGACCAUCAAAACAACCAUUAUGGAUGCAUUUUAUAAUGAUUUCAUGCAACAACUUUUUGAAAACAUUCAUCGAGCAUUCAAAUAUUCAAAGAAGAAUUAUUGA